CAGGCAACUUUGAUGGGUGUAGUCAGCUCAAGUCAUCUUACUAUUCAGAGCCCAGUAUCAUCACAGACGGCCGCCUGACAGGACACCAUGGCCUGUUUAACCAUGAGGUGAAGUCUAUUGAUUUUGAACGCUUGCUAAGUGAACAGCCAAAACUGGAGGAACAAAGAAAAGAAAAGAACACUGUAAUUUCACAUUCAUCUUCAGCAUUGCACAAUUCUGCUCCAAUGUCCACUGAUGGUUUGUUGGGAGCUGAUACAGAUGUUGGGAGCUGUGUGCCAUUCAGAAAAAAUACAGACCCUGCUUCAAAAGACCACACUGACUGCCAAGAGAAAGAAAAGAAAAACAUGCAGUUUGAUUCAAAGCAAUCAGAUGUCACAACAGAGGAGAAACCACAACAACACCUCGCUCUUUCAUGUCAAAGUUUUCAAAGCAGCCACUCGUCUAAACACAGCUUCCUCGAUGUACUAACAACAGAAACCAAGUGGACAUGUGUCGUGUCUGAAAACAGCAGAGAAUCACUGCUGACUCCAGUUGUUGACAGAGACAAUAUAAAGACUUUCAACACAAAUGUAAAAGAACGUGUGAUUUCUACUCUUGUGCAAACCCCAACUCUCAGUUCAGCCAACAGCUGUGAGAUACAGGACAGAACGCAAGAUCCAAAGUAUGUAAUGAAGUUUGUCAGUGCAGUGGCAGCACGUUUGUGUCACCAUCUGAAGCUUCCGUCAAUGAGCAGGAGAGACGUGCUGUCAGAGAGCAGGGAGGUUUUGUUGAACUCUCUGAGGAAAAGGCAUGGACCGUGGCUUCAAGAGAACCUCCUUAGACUUCAGCAACAUCGUAGCUUUGCUGUGCAUCCCACAAAGAAAGCCCAAGAUCAUGAUCAAGAGCCAACCAGGAAAAAUGAAGAGGAUCUCUUUGCUGCAGAUACCUCUUUUAAUAUGCCAGCAAAUAGACAUGCCAGCUGGAAGACCAGUCCACAGCCACACUGCAGUCAAAAACAGGUUACUGAGUGGCUGGUGAGCCCUGCGGAUACGGCCGACAGUGUUUUGGAUGAUAUCCUCAGACCAAGUCUCUCUCCUCCAUUGUUCAUGAACUUUCAGACCUGUGAAGCUCCAGAAAGCAUUUUGUUUGCUCCUUCUACCACUUUAUGCCAGAGAGAAGUGGCUUCUGUACCUGAGAACUGGCAAGGUGGUUUAAACUGGUCAAAGAGCAAAAAUUCAGCUAUGUUUGGUUCCUUUGAAAAUAGCUUCAUGGACCAAUCCAGCUUAUUUGGAAACAGGAGCCUACAGUACUCUGGCAGCAACCCCCAGCCCUUUUUUCCUUACCAAUUGCAGCUGCCAGAUACAUACACAGGAGAGCCAAUGCACAUUGCCCAGCAGGAAGACCCAUUUGGAACUGACAGGUACUCGUGUGUUCCCUCUUUUCCUGCCCCAGUUCACCAUCAGAGCAAUCAUUUCCAACCUUCGAGCCAGUUCAGUCACCCUUCAGCUUGUUCUCCUCUGAAGUCCCAGCACACUGGUAUGAUGCACUACCCUCCGUCAUUCAUUCUUGAGAGAGACCCUGCACCUUCCCUUUCUGCUUUCCUGAGCCCUGAGCAAUGGUCCUUCCCUCCUAUGAGACUGUACUAAUGUGUGGUAAAGCUCUCCAUAGAGGCAUGGCUAUCAAUAUUUCUAUGACUGAUUAAAGUACAAUUGUCCUUUAAUUUAUGCACUUCAAGGUUUUUGUUUAGUCAGUGAGAAACACGUUAUGUUCCCAUAUUAAUAUAACCAUAGCAUUAAGCAUAGAUGCAAUAGCUAUCCACUGAAGAGUAGCCUGUCUUCUUCUAUUGUCCUGUUUUUGCUGAGUUAAGUAGCCAUGCAAUUAUGCAUCAUUUUCAACCUUUUGAAGCAUUUAUGU